UUCUGGGCAUGUUUGAGUUUUUAACCAAGCCUUGUUUCUAGUGGAUCUUAGAUGAUUUUUUCUUGGCAAUUCCCACAUUAUCGAUGGGGAAGUACAUCCCAUCCAAAUACACGUCAUGUUAUCUUGGUACUUAUGUUAAGUUAACCAGUGAACGAAUAGUUAGGCCAACCAACGACCGUCCGGUUCAACCGAAUCGCGUAAAAACCGCCGGUUGUCCGAUCACUAUUCGAUAAAAAUCCGGAAUGUGCUGGGGUUCACCUGCGCGGCGUCGUUGCUACGGACGCGUGGCUCGUCGCUAACAGGAAAGAGGAAAACUACUUCCAGGUUAAGAAAGUAACCGGUUAUCCACGUGAUUUAUUCUACUGUCUAUGGUAAUAUUACAUGAUACAAAACGGAUUCCGAUGAGGACGUGAUCUUUGUUUCUGAAAAGUGUGCACGUAAAUCCAAUGAGAUUAUCGUUGACCAGACGAAGCGACUUGCCUUGCAAAGAGACAUUGAUCAGCAGUCCCAGCCCAGGCAGCUAGCCAAACCCUUGACAAGACAGAGGUCUGUUGCUGUGGAGAAAGUGGAGAAAAUGGAGACGCGGGAAGCGACGAGUGAGCAUCAUUUUGCAAAUAAGGAGACAAAACCCAAAAAAGGACAAGCCUCUCUUCUUAAAAAGAAAAACUUUACUGUUGAUGAUGAGAGCAUAGCAGAGGUGAAAAAAGAAAAGAAGAAGGGUAAAAAAGUAGAUGUUAUUGUUAUAGAUACAGAUAAGGAGUCUUCUGAUGGAGGUGGUGAAAAGAAAAAAAAGAAGAAGAGGAAAAUUGUCACUGAAUCUCUGACUGAUGCGGUCAGUGGUUCUGAUGUUAAUCAUGAAAAUGGCAAAGAGGUCACCAAGAAGAAGAAGAAGAAGAAGAAGCAGCAGCAGCUGGCUAAGAAUCAAGUGGAAACUAAACAGUUCAGUUCAGUAAAAGAAGAAGUGGAAAAGAAACAGAAGAAGGAGAAGAAAUUAAAAAACAAGUCUGCACAUAUCCAAACAGAAAAAGAAAAGAUGGAGAAAGAAGAGGAGGAUGAAGAGCAAGUUGAAAAGCAUAAAUAUCCAAAGAAAGCCAAGAAGGGAAAACACAUUGUAGUUGUAAACACAGAGCAGAGUGAGAAGCAAGUUCAAGAGAAGAAGAAGAAGAAAAAAACUAUUGAUGAUAAAACAAUAGAAGCUAUGGAUGGAAUUAGUGUGACAAAAAAGAAAAAUCCAGCUAAAGCGAAAGUGUCUGAGAAUGGAGGGAAGCUAGGAACGCCACAGAAAGAGUCUGGUGAGGUUGAAGAGGUAAAGGUGAAAAAAAAGAACAAAAAGGGAGGCCAAACAGUGGAGAAAGACAAUCUGCACAACAAGAUGAAAGCCACAUCCACAGAGAGGGAGAUUAUUAUCAAUGCAGGGGAUACAGAGCUAAAGAAGAAAGGGGGAGUGAAAAAGGGUAGAAAAGCUUCUGUGGAGGUCAGCGAAGUAGAAGAGACAGAGCCAAAGAAGAAGAAAAAGAAAAGAGGAAACUCAAAGGGAGAGGAGGAAGAACCAUUAGUAAUCAAAUGUGAAGAAGUUGAGCAGAGUAGUGACACAACAGGCAAAAAGAGCAAAAGGAAGAAGAACUCCACUAAGGAGGGAACACAGGUGGAGGCUGUGAGUUCUGGACCUGGUGCAAAGAAGAAGAAGAAGAAGAUUAAAGAAGAGGCGGAAGACCAAUAUGAGUCCCCCCAUAAAGACGUGGUCUUUCUGUCAGAGAAGACUGGAAACAUCGAUGAGGUCACCAUCAACAAGGAAAGAAGACAGGCGUUACAAAUGGAGAUUGACAAGGCCUCUCAACCCGAACAACCAGCCAAACCUGCAACUCUCGGUCAAUGGAGCACCGCCCAGUUCAACAGCUCUGAUCAGCAGCAGAAGUUCCUCCGGUUGAUGGGCGGCUUCAAAAAGGGUUUCCAGCCUGCUGCGGGAAACGACAGCAAAGCAAACAUGGCCCUGGGGAAGGACGCACAGCAGCAGUUGCAGCAAGGGCUUCUGGGAGAGUUUGAACGUGCUCAAUCGCGCCGAAUGGACUUUAGUAACAGGGGAUCAGGACUAGGUUUCACUGCACCAUCCAAAAAUAAGUUCUCAAUUGACAUCAAUUCAUGUCGAUCAGUCCGCUUUGAUGAUUAAUUUGUGUGUGUGUGUGUGUAUAUAUAAUGGAAAUGUGUGAUUGGACAAAAGUUGUUUUUAUGUGUAUUUUUAACUGUAGAUUUGUACACUUGACUGUUUGUUCGGGUCCACUGCGAAAUCUACAUCUCACCAAAGAAAUUACUCGGACCGAACACGCAGCACAAACUGCCAUAUGUACAUACUGUAUAAUAAAAAUCGUUACUGCUUUA